AUAAGCAUAACCUUGAAAUUAUUCAUCUUUAACAUUUUAAACGUGCGUCGUAGUCGUACGCGGUAGUGUUUUGUGUGUAAUAUUGAGUUUGUCAAAAAUGCGAGACGAAAAAAACGGAAUUAUUUAUGGUGGUAAAAUUACUUCUGUGCCUACUCAUAUGAAUUGUGGCCGGCAUUUUCUCGAAUGUAUUAGGAAAGGCAAAUCAAAACUCGCUUUGAUCGAUGGCGCCACGGAUGAAAAAAUUACGUACGGGGAAUUAGCACAACGAAUAGUGAACGUAGCCUCGUCUUUAACUCGGAUUGGUGUGAAAAAAGGAGAUGUUGUGGGCAUAUGCAGUGAAAACCGAAUCGAGUUCCUGGUUACAGCGUUUGCUAUAUUUUGCUCCGGAGCCACUGUCACUUUCAUCAACAGUGCUUACAAUAAAAAUGAGUUGAUUCACACGGUCAAAAUUUCGAAACCGAAAUUCCUUUUCCUGUCGCCAAACACAUACAAAUCUUUUUACGAGAUCUUAAAAAGUUUGAACAUUGCGAAAGAUUUUACCGUCUUUGGAAUAUCAAAAAACAAAGAUGUGCGCAGUUUCAGAGACCUUUCUAAAAAAUAUAUCGAUAUAAAUAAAUACCAACCGUAUGAUUUCAACGGAGAAGUUCAGACAGCCCUAAUACUUUAUUCGUCUGGAACAACGGGCUUGCCUAAAGGGGUAAAACUAACACAUCGUAAUUUAAUUAUAGCGGGACAUCAACCACCACUUUGUAGCAAUGAAUUGAACAUUCUAUCAUUAGCCCCAUGGUGCAACACUGUUGGUAUAAUAUUGACAAUGAAAGCUCUUAAAGAAAACCAAUCGAUUGUAUAUCUAAAUAAAUUCCAAGAAGACUUGUACUUACAUUGUAUUCAGAAAUAUAAGGUUGGUAUACUCUAUGCUGUACCGCCAUUGAUAGUGAUGUUAGCAAAAUCACGAAUGCUACAAAAUUAUGAUUUGAGUUCAGUGGAAUUAAUGUACUGUGGAGGCGCCCCAUUAGAUUUGGCGGUUAUGGGUGAAGCAAAGAAAAGGUUUCCGCGCUUAAAACACAUCUUACAAGGAUACGGUAUGACAGAAACUACGGGAGGUAUAACUGAAGAGAAUGUAAGUGCCAACAGAGAGGGAAGUGUCGGAACUAUAAUGGACGGAAACAUAGUUAAGGUAGUAGAUGUUGAGACCAGAAAAGUCCUAGGUCCUAAUCAAGAAGGGGAAAUAUGCGUGAAAGGAGAUAUACUAUUUGAAGGUUACAUCGGAAAAGAUAUGAAGGAUGAUAUGGAUGAAGAUGGUUUUUAUAAAACCGGAGACAUCUCUUACUACGAUGAAGAUGGUUACUUCUAUAUUGUUGAUAGAAUAAAGGAACUUAUUAAAUAUAAGGCUGGUCAAGUUGCACCGUCAGAGCUAGAAGCGACUCUACUUCAACAUCCAGCUGUAAAAGAUGUAGGAGUCGUUGGCUUGCCGGAUCCCUUGGCCGGAGAACUACCAUCAGCAUUUGUAGUCAAAACACCUGGAUCCAAAGUAACAGAAAAAGAACUUAUCGACUUCGUUGCUUCUAAGGUAUCGUCAUGGAAACAGUUGAGAGGCGGUGUGCGGUUCGUAAAUGAGAUUCCAAAGACAGCUAGCGGCAAAAUUCUGAGACGUGUGUUGCGCGAUUCAUUAAUUAAACCUCCAGCUAGCAAACUCUAAUUAUUCUGUAACAGAAAUUGUAAACCAUUUGCACAGGUACCUAAAGCAGAACUUAUCAAAGGCAUAUUCAAAAGGACUCCGGAUUUAAAGCGUGUGAUAACUUUAAUUAUUAUUACCAUUAGUUUUGGUCAGUAUUGUAGUCAUAAAUCCCAAAACCUUUUUUUUUCGAAUAACAUCAAAUACUGGGAUUCUGAUUAAUAUUAAACCUAUUAACUAUCGAAAUACUAACUACUACUAACUUCAUAUUUUCUUAAAAUAUAAAACAAACGUCAAAAGCUUCGUGAUCCCUGCCCAAUAAUAUACGUAGUAUAUGCCAGCAGUCAUUGUGAAAAAUCAUUAGGCCAUAAAUUACCUUAAACAAAUUAAAUUUGCCACGAGCGUAGUGUAAAUUGCCUUUACAUAAUUGUUAGUUCUUAAAUCUUCGAGUUAGUGAUGAAAACUUCACUCUUACUACAUACUUAUGAAUGCUUAAGGCAAAAGUUCGUCUAAAAAUUAUAUAUCUGUAAGUAUUUAAAUAAUAGGUGUGUGUUCAAAUAUUUUAUCAGUGGUGGAUUCAAGACUUGUAUAAUAAAAAAAAAUUGUUAUA